UUUAAAAUAAAAUAAUUUAAAAUUAUAUCUGCUUUAUAAUUUUAGUGGAAAAUUCAUAUUCUUUCCACAUAGAUAACCUAUGAAAUUGAAUAGAAGAACAAUAAGAAGACGACCCCUGUUUUUUAGCCACUAGAACAUUAAUUCUGGGUAUUUCUGCCUGGAUCUUUAUGUGGCCGAGGGGCCGGAGAUCCCCCAGUCUCGUCACUGAUGUAGAGGAAAAAGCAGGUCUGAACCCCGCUUGCCCCCUACUGCGACACUUGGGGCAAUUUCUCCCUCUCUGAACCACAGGCUCUUGGUUGGUAACGUGGGCAGGAAGAUUCUAACCUGAGAGUGUGCCAUCAGACUGCAGGGUGGGGAGAGGCCAGGCAGGAGCCUGGGAAGGGACUGCCCGCAGGGAGGGUGUGGCCAGGCCUCACACCCUCCCUCCUCCAGGCUGCCCCUGGUGACAGGGCAGGAACCCGCUGAGUUCUCUGCAUGGGGCCCCCAGUGCCAGGAGGCUGGAGCUGGGAGCUAGAGGCCAGAGACAUGAACAAAAUCUUCCCCCAGGGAGAUGGCAAUGGCAAUGCUGCUGCUGGAACCAAAGCCCUCCCUGGAGGGGAAGGCUUUGGCUCCCUCUGUUGCUCACGCCGAGGCGCCUGCCUCUCAGCCUUCUUGCUCCUGCUUCUGGUGACUCUCGCAGCCCUGAUCGCCCUGGUCACCAUCCUUGGACUCCCCCCGCGCACACCAGGGGUCCAGACCUGUGUGACACUGAUGAACAGGACAGGCUUCCUGUGCCACGACCGGAGGAGCUGCGUCCCAGCCAGCAGGGUCUGUGACGGCGUCCGCACCUGUGCCCAGGGCGAGGAUGAGGACGAGGCCAUGUGCCGGGAUGUGCCCCAGAGCCUCCCCAGCUUCCUCGUGGCCCGCUGUGGAAACCCGACUUCCUGGAUCUACUCGGACCAAAAGUGUGAUGGCAUUAACAACUGCGGGGACUGCUCAGAUGAACUGAGCCCAGUGACUGCAUGCCCACCCUGUGGCCCCGGCUGGUGGCGCUGCCCCUCCACUGUCUUCAAGUACUGUGACUGCAUCCCGAGGGUCCUGUGCCGUGACCACACGCAGCACUGCUCCGACUGGUCUGAUGAAUACUCCUGUCCUGGACCCUGAGGGGGCCACCCGGGCCAGGCUGGGAGGCUGGCUGGAACGGCACUCAUAACCCUUCACACGAGCAUCACAUCCAAGAACGCGAAGGCAGGAAGGAGGCUACAAGAUCAUCUAGUGGGAUCCAUGCACCACUGCCUGUGAACAAGAAUCCCCUCUCCUGGGGGCGCCUGGGUGGCUCAGUCGAUUAAAUCUCAAACUCCUGA